AUGCAAAACCACCCACAACUUCUUAGAAGACCCUUACCUCCAAAUCUCCCUAAGCUGUCUUUAUGUCAGAAGAAAGCCCGUGCAGGAAAGACUGGUGAAACUAAGCUACCACGUGUACGGUUCAUUCCAGAUAAAACCGCUUCAUUUGAAAGAGAUAAAACUAGCUUUCCUGAUGUUCCAAGAGAUCAGUCACAACCCCCUGUCAAUAUUCAAAAUCUCUUUCUUGAUCAUCGUGUACAAAAAAGAGUGACUACUAUUUCAACAACCAAAAAAUCUUCUAAGCGUGUCUACUGGCACAUUCCAGGGACUGCUACUGGUUCCAUAUUUUUUCCCAAGUGUCGUUCAGCUUCAAGUCGAGUUUUUGGGAAAGUAACAAGCAAGAUGGAAAGUUCCAGAAAAUCAGAAGAGCCAUUAAAAAUAACAAAUAUUUAUGCUAACAUUUUAAAAGAGAUUCUGAUUCUCUCCUCAGAGUUCUCCAAACUUCCAAGUGCCCCUUCUUCAGUGCCCACUCCCAAACUCAAGGAAGUUCAUUCUGACCAGUUUUUACAAAAGAGCAGUACCUAUACUUUUAAGCAGCCCCUGUUACGUUUAAGUGCAACAGUGCCAAUCCCUGUACCGAGGACUAUACCUGUUAAAGCUGAAAGUCAGCAGCCUGACCGUUUACAAUGUCGUACGGUGACACUAAAUAUUAAUGAUUUUCCAGGUCCCAUUUUCAUACCGACGCCAGUUUUACCAAGGAAACCUCUAAGACAGUCUGUGAUAGAAAGUCGUGUAACAGAAUAUGAACAUGUAGAAAGUGUCCCAAAGCAAAGCAUGCUGUGCGUAUGUGAAGGUAGCAUUAAAUCUAGAAAAAUCGAAACCUCAGUGGCACAUAUCGUACAUGGUGAAGGUUUUAAGACUGUUGUGGCAACAUGCUAUGAAACAGUAACAGCCAUGACCGACCUGGCCAUAGUAAACUGUCAAAUUCAUGGAAGAAAUGCACUUAAUCUUAAGGGCUUUUUUCUCCUGAAUUGUCCAGACCUCACACCUUUGGCUUUCCAAUUGAUAUAUCUUAAUUUAUCAUAUAAUAACAUCUGUUACUUUCCCACAGAAAUAUUUUGUCUUGAAAAUUUACAAAUACUGAAUCUGAGAAAUAAUCCUAUCAAAGAAAUCCCUUCUACAAUUCGACAACUUAAGUUCCUUAGAACUUUCAACAUCGCCUUUAAUUUGAUUACUACGCUUCCACCUGGGUUAUUUUGCUUGUUUAAUCUUGAGGAACUUGAUAUUUCCUACAAUAGUAUUGCUUUUAUUCCAAAUGAAAUCCAGAAACUCAGAUCACUUGAAAAACUGAUCGUUGAUGGAAAUGAACUGACUAGUUUUCCACAUGCAAUUUUGAAGCUUAACCUGAAAAAAAUCCUAUUUGAGAAUAAUUUCACUCAUCCUAGUUUUUGGAAAGAGAAUUCUAUGAAUAGUCCACAACGUCUUACUCAACUUACUUCUUUGUUCUUUUUAAAGAAUAAUCUACAUAAAUAUUAUAAUGUGAUCCCAGUGGAAAUUCAAAAGUUACUAAAAUGCACAUCCCGAUGUGAACAGUGUCAUGGUCCAAUGUUUGGUGAAGGUUUUCGCAUCAUCCGAUCCUGCAAUAUUUUUGGAGUAACACAGUUUCCUGUUAUAUUUUAUGUCUGUUCCUCUUCCUGCUACAGAAAAGUAAAGGAAAGCAAUUUUGUUUUCGAUAAUGUUCCUGGUAAAAGAAUAUCUCUAAAUCCCGGCCACAAGUGGAAUCAGUCUGCUUUCGCCAGCUAUGGCGAAAGGCAGGGGGUGGGGAUAGAGAUCGCAGAGGGAGGCAUGGGGAAGCACCAGUCUUCCACCACGGCUUCCCCGGGGCCUUCUCCAGCCCAAGUUGAUGCAGCUGCGGUGAGCGUUCCAGGUGGUACCACCCAGGGCCUCUGCUUCCUGCAGGCUCGGGAGGCCAGGCAGCUGCAGCCCCCUCGCCAUCGGGCCCUUGUGGCCCAAGGACAAUGCACGAGUGCAGGACACUGGGACCACCUGUCCCUUCUGAGAGAAUUUCCACCCCGGCUGCUUCUGAAAAUUGGAAAGGAUGUUUCCUGGCACCUGGAGCGUGAGAAGAAUAAGUAUCAGUCUCCUCAAAGCGUUUCCAGGCAGAGAGAAACCACAGGAGUUAAAUUUGCACGAGGCACUAGCCCUCGCUUCUCGCUGGAGACCGAGGGCGCGCAGAGCCUGGCGCAGCGCAUGCGCAUUGUCAUGGCUCUCCCGGCUUGCCUUGCAGAGGCGAGGCAGCGGCUGCGCCCAAAGCCCCUCCAGCUCGCGCGAGAUCAGCAAUACAGAAGGAGAAUACCUACCGUGUACCGAUCACUUUUGUAUGAAACUCAUGACAAAACUUUGUUUUGUGAACAUGGAGACGACGAAGUCUCAGCAGCGUAUUUCAUGUUUCUUAUGGGUCUCGUCCCGCCCACGGCCCUUGCGCCUCUUGCUGUGCGUGUACUCCUCUGUGACACCUCAGCCCCGUCCCCUCACCUGCCGGCUUGGUGUGGUCACUCAGGCCACCCCUGCCCCUUUCGGCUCAUGACUUGUCAGCUGCACUCCCGCGGCUCAUCACCUCUGUCUUUUGAUAACUUAGAUCUCAGGGAACAGGGGACCCAGCUCAUCCACCGCACCGGGCGAGGAGCCACAGGUCCCAGCCAGUUGAAGGACUGGACACGCUGGGCUCAGGUGUGA